GUCAUUGUGGACUUUGACAUCAACAGCAUAAGCCAUGCAGGAAGAAGGAUUUAUGAUAUCAUUGCUCUGCGAGGGGAGCCCCAUCUUACGGGACCCAUCACUAGUGCUGUGAAGAUUCUAGAAGAAUGUCUGGAUCGAUAUUCCACCGAUGAGAUCUGCAUAAGCUUCAAUGGAGGGAAGGACUGCACAGUCAUCCUGCACCUUUUGCAUGGAGUUCUGCUUCACAGAUACCCAGAAAAUACCCCAUCUAUCCAGGCAGUCUAUAUCACCUGCCGCACACCUUUUGAUGAAGUGGAAGUCUUUAUUGAUCAAAUGAUCAAAAGGUAUAACUUAACACUAUGGAGGAUAGAAGGACCUAUCAAGAAAGGCCUCAAAGAACUGACAAAGAAGGAACCAAAAGUGAAGGCAGUGUUGAUGGGCACCAGAUGGACAGAUCCCUACUCUAAAACACUCCAGCCAUUCCAGAUGACUGACGAAGGUUGGCCUCAAUUCAUGCGAGUGUCUCCUAUUCUGGAUUGGAAUUACCAGACAGUAUGGACUUUCCUGAGAACACUAUCUGUCCAAUACUGCACCUUAUAUGAUCAUGGGUACACUUCACUCGGAGGAGUACAUAACACGAUCAAGAACCCACACCUGAAAUACAGUGGUGAAGAUAAAAAGGAACACUAUUAUCCUGCUUACUUCCUGAAAGACAUGGCUUUAGAACGUGCUGGCAGGACAUAGUAACAGGUGCGCUAUUAACCCAAUACCGCUGGGAAAAUGUUGUGUUCACUUUCGUAUUUUAUUAAAUGUUUCUACACAUAGACUUAGCCACAAAGGAGUCUGUUAGUAGAUCUUGUGACCUCACCUUCCCUUGAAAUACCUGGAAAUGUUUGUUUGU